AUGAAGCCAAUUAUCAUAUUAUGCUCAUUAUUUAUUAUUUUAUCUUUCAUUGAUACUGUUAUUGCAUAUCCACAUAAUACAAAUCGUUUAUACGAUAUAACUCAUCGAUCCAUGAACAAAAAUGAUGAUUCACUAAUAUCAAACAGUCAAACUUCUAAAUUUAUACGCUCACUAAUAUCUGCAUCAGUCCAUCAACAAUCAAGUUCAGUAGAAGAUAAUGAACAAUUCGAUGAAGUAAAACGUGAUGCUUUGGAUUCAGGUGAAGAACAAUAUUUUAAAUGGGCUUCGUUAAAUCGUCGACCUAUGGAAUCAUUAAUAGGACGAAAACGAUUCGCCGAACUUAUUGUAUCAGAGCCAAAACCUAGCCGAAUCGUUGCUGGCAUAUGGCGUAGUGGACUUGUUGGUUAA